AUGUGCCCAAUGCUCCUCAGCGGUCUUGCGGAUGGACCCGCCAUGGUCCUAUCCCCUCGCCAAGAACACGCUUUUGUUCAGUUCCCUCGCCAGUCGCAGCUCGACUCGGCCUCUACCGCGUCUCACAAUUCGUCCUUCAGGAAUGGCGUGCAUUCCCAGGCCUCUUCGUCGUUCUCCAACAAUGUUUUCUCCGCACCGAAGCUGGCCAAAACCGCAGCCAGUUCUUCCAGAAUUUCGCGCAAGAGAUCGCGAGAUGAAGCCGAGUUUGAGGAAGCCCUCAAUGCUUCGAGCGCGCCUGCAGUGGCCGCGCCAGCGCCAGCGCCCAAGGAGGAGCCUAUCUAUGGGGAGGGUAUGGCACUUAUCAAUCCUCGCACCGGCAUGUCGCUAUCUGCAGAGAGCCAGACAGGCACUUGGUACGAAGAACAGCUCGAAAACGCUGCUGCCACGGCGGCUCCUGUCUCGUCGCGGUCCCAGGCCAGUUCGUCCGAACUCCACAGCCGCAAGUCGCAGCGUCUCGACCCAUCCGCCUCCCGUGUCGACGACAUCACGCUCGCUCACAUUCAACGAAGACUUCACAAGACGACCGACGACGACAACCGCCGCCUCCUCAACGCCGGAGCCCGCACCAACCCCUUAACCCCGAACGAACCCCAGGUUGACGACGCAACCCACCUCCUCGGAAUCAGCUGGCAACGAAUCUCUACCGACGACGUCGACAUGGCGGCCGCCGUGCGUGGCUGGAAAAAGUACAUUGACAAGCAAUUCGCAGCGUACCUUCUGGACUCGCAGAUCCUCAUGAAGAACCGCGCGCUCAACGCGUACCUGGUCACAGCGCGGCCAAUUACUCCUGCUGGACCCGCCAUCGCCCCGGCCUUCUAUCUGUUCAGCGAAGACCUCAGCCAGGCUCAGCUUGUGGCUUCCUCCUGGGAACAAUGCGUGCACAAUCUCCGCUCGGUUCCCGUAAUCUUUGAGCAAAACCAAGUACUCAACGCCGCAGACAGACAAUACAAUAACAACAGCAGCGGCCCAGGCGUUCUAGGCCUGAACACCACCACGGAACCGGGCCUCCCGCUCCUGCAAAUGAUGUGCGCCCAGCCAGUCAGCAGCGACAUGUGCGCGGGAUUGAACAAUAGCGUAGGAAUGGCGACGGGGAUGGAAAUUGAUACUUAA